AUGACCUCAUUCAUACAGUAUUAUAUGGUAGAAAGAAGAGGUGAUCCAAAAGGACUGUGGUACAUGGACGACCUUGGCGGUGACCUGUACUUGAUGCUUUUUCCAGAUUCACCAACUAACAUAGGCAUUGAUCCAGACUAUCUUGCCAAGGGCAGGGUAGACAAAUUGACCACUACAAUAAAGUGCAGAGACGGGAAGUGGACGCUACAUGAAAGCAGUAUUCGAAUGACUCAUCUGUUAUGCGACCAGUAUAUAAUUGAUAAGAAAAAGGCUGCAAACUCUCCAUUCAAGAUUGUGGGUUCAUUCCUAAAUGCGACAACGACGAUGCCGACACCAGAAACAGUGAGUGACUUCGACGACGAUGUUGAAGUGAAGGAUGAGACAAUCACAGAACCGAUGGCUACUGAAGUAAUUGGGAUGAGCAUAAGCAGUUUCCACGGAACAACAAAUAUCGAAACUACCACAUUACCGCCGGGAACUGAUAAGUGGACCAUUUCGGAAGAAGUGAGUACCACCAAUCAGUCAGUCAACUCGGUCUUGCCUACUAGGAUCCCAGAAACUGUUAGUCCAAUUUUAUCCACAGUAACUUCGGAGAAAACGAAACAAGUACUGGCAGUGACUACAUCAGGAGUUACAACUACCCCUAUGACGACUCUUUCUAUGGACUCACUGGUAACUGAGAGAGACGAAGUCCUGAGAAAGACUGAGCUGAAGAUCUCAAAUUCUGACGGCGACUCAGUAGCUGCUGAUGAUGUUAGAAAAAUUCACUCUAGAAGAAUCAACCCCGACGCUGCAAUUACAACAACAACGGCAAAGGCGGCAGUUGCCGGAACGGACACCCCUUUCGCGGACCUUUUCAAUGAUAUUCCAUCUAGAGCGUCUUUGCUAAAGACGGUAGGGAAUGAGCAGAUGACAACAGAGUCUACAAAAAGUGUAUCGCACGGAAACCGUGUUGUGAAAGCGAAGUUUUCAAAUUUGGAAAUCCCACCUCAAAUUGAUCCCUAUGACGGCGGAAGCCAGUGGUCGGGAAACGAACCCGCACCAAAGAAGUUAUUUCAAGUUAAAUCAGUGAAGCAGUGGAAACAAGGAAAACUUACCAAAACCAAAGGAUUUCAACGUAAAGUGGCACAUCCAAAACGAGUGGUCUUAAAAAUGCGACCACUUGCAAGAGAGCAACAAAGGAGACCGCUCAAAAAGUCCAAAAGAUCCAGAAAUAGAAGAAGAAGGAAUCAACGCGCACAACAGAGAUCUUUUCGUCAGAACAACAAAAAUAGUUAA